UGGGGCCUUCUCAGUGGCCUUGUCUGCUCACAGCAGAAGUGAACAGCCUUGAGUUGAGGAAAUUGUGGCUGGACAGGCACGGAGGUAGUUCUGCUACAAGCUCGUGCCUUACUGACCGAGCAGCUUAGUCUUUUAACAUCUGAGCACCGGAAGAGGAGAGGGGCCCGUUGCCCUGCCCUGUUCAGUGGGAAUGUUGGGGCAAGCUGCCCUGCUUGUACUCUUCCUGUUCCUCAGGGGUCACCAGGGUCACGGCUGCUCAGAUUCUACUGUUGAUAUGGUCAGCGUCUCAGGAAGUCCUCUCUGGCUUCGGCCUUCCAACAUACAGACACAUAUCCUAUCUAUUCAAUGGAAGAAGACACAACUGGGCUCACCUGAAAAAAGUAAUAAGAUCCUGAUCCGGUAUACUUGUAACAAAACACUACAGUAUUAUUCUAAUGGUUUCAAUAAAACAUAUGACUUUAAUGCCUCAGAUCUUGCUCUUGGCAUCAAGUCAGCUAAGCUGCAAGACAGUGGUCAUUACGAGCUGGAGAUGACCAAUAAGAUUGGAAUCAUUUGCAGUAAGAAAUUCCAGAUUCUUAUAGUUGAUCGCGUUGAGAAGCCUCAUCUGCAGGGCCAGUGGAAGAUCGGGACUAAUGGGAUGUGUCAGCUGUCUCUGGACUGUUUGGUGCCCAGGGAUGACAAUGUGAGCUAUGCUUUGUACAGAGGGAGCAAGCUGAUUUCAAAACUAAGGAACUUGACCCACCUGGAGAGCCAGACUGAGGCCAGCAGUCUGCACACAUAUACCUGCAAUGUUAGCAACCAAGUCAGCUGGGAAGUUGACACUCUGAACAUCACCCAGGGCUGUCAGAGUGUCUCUCAAAAAUACAGAGUUUUGCCCUUUGUGACAAUCAUCGUUAUUUUAGUCAUAUUAUUUCUCGGUGCCGUCACUUGCUUCUGUGUGUGGGAUAAGAAGAGAAAGUCACAGCCAAGUCCUAAGAAUUUUUCAACAAUAUAUGAACAUGUCAAGGAUCCACAAGGCAGGAGGAAUCAAGUAGGACAUUCUGGGGCCCCAGGAUCUCCUUCAGCUGUCCAGGAAAAUGGAAGGGGACAAACAGAAUCAAACAGGUGUCAUUUUGAGGAGCAGAUGCCGGAGCAGAAAACCUCUGGAGAUGGAAGUACCAUCUACUCUAUGAUCCAGUACAAGCCUUCUGAUCCCACACCACAAGAAAAAUGUACACUUUAUGCAGUAAUCCAGCCUUCCAGGAAGUAUGGAUCCAAGAAGAGGAACUGGAACCCGUCCUCAAAUUGCACUGUGUAUGAAGAGGUUGGAAAACAAUACCUCAAAGCCCAAAACCCUGCUAGACUGAGCCGCAGAGAGCUAGAGAACUUUGAUAUUUAUUCCUAGGUAUUGCAAGUGUUUUCAUCCUGUGUUAUGAAUCAGCAUUGGCUUUAGAAGGGAACACAGCAGAUGAUGAUGUCAUAUGAGUCUGGAACAGCUCCUAGGCUGAGAGGAUUUAGAAGUUUAUUCAUGCUUUAUAUUUUAUUUUAUCUUAUUAUUUCUUAAAAGAAUUAGACAAGAUCUGACUUAGUAGCCAAGGAUGACCUUAAACUUUUGACCUCUCUGCCUAUACUUCCCAAAUUCUGGGAUCACAGAGGCAUAUACCACCAUAUAUGGCCCCAAAACAAUUUUUUUAACAGUUACUGUAAGAUCCAGCUUGUUAAAAAUCUUCCAAUCUUACAGACCAGACAAGAACAGUUAGAGAGGUUGUGUUGGCCAUGCUCUGAGACGUUGUAAUCCAUACGGUGCUGUAGAAAUGUGCAGUAGAGGGAGAUUCCCUUCUAUAGCUCUCUAAGCUUUUAUCCCCUACCCUGACUCCAUUAAUAUGGGAUGCUUGCUCAGGAAAUCAAGUAUGAACUAAGAGAACUUACUCAGAAGCUCCAACAAGGGGCUCAAUUCAGACUUUAGUUCUUUUUUUCUUGCCUCUGCUGGGAUUAAAGGCAUGCACCACUCA